GCGGUGAUGGCCGGCGGUGGGGCGCGCCCCGGGGCAGCCGGGCUGAGGCUCCCAGCGCCAUGAUGCUCACCUCUGCAGGACCUGAGCGCCUCUGCCUGAGGCCCCAGCCAGCCAUGCCACUGCCACAUCCAAGCCUGCGGGCAUUCCUGCUGCUGCUGCUGCUACUGGGAGGUGUGCAGGCGGUGGCAGGCUCACCCAGGACAGGUGGAGGUCUGCAGCCUCCCUUCCUAACCUUUGCGGCCAGUGACUGGGGCCUCACCCACCUGGUGGUACAUGAGCAGACAGGUGAAGUGUACGUGGGCGCAGUGAACCGAAUCUACAAGCUAUCGGGGAACCUGACCCUGCUGCGGGCCCAUGUGACGGGUCCCGUGGAGGACAACGAGAAGUGCUACCCGCCCCCCAGCGUGCAGUCAUGCCCACAUGGCCUGGGCAGCACCGACAACGUCAAUAAACUGCUGUUGCUGGACUACGCGGCCAACCGCCUACUGGCCUGUGGCAGCGCCUCCCAGGGCAUCUGCCAGUUCCUGCGGCUGGACGACCUCUUCAAGCUGGGGGAGCCACAUCACCGCAAGGAGCACUACCUGUCCAGCGUGCGUGAGGCAGGCAGCAUGGCAGGCGUGCUCAUCGCUGGGCCGCCGGGCCAGGGCCAGGCCAAGCUCUUUGUGGGCACGCCCAUUGAUGGCAAGUCCGAGUACUUCCCCACGCUGUCCAGCCGCCGGCUCAUGGCCAACGAGGAGGACGCGGACAUGUUUGGCUUCGUGUACCAGGACGAGUUUGUGUCGUCACAGCUCAAGAUCCCCUCAGACACGCUGUCCAAGUUCCCGGCCUUCGACAUCUACUAUGUGUACAGCUUCCGCAGCGAGCAGUUUGUCUACUACCUCACCCUGCAGCUGGACACUCAGCUGACCUCGCCGGACGCAGCUGGCGAGCACUUCUUCACCUCCAAGAUCGUGCGGCUCUGCGUGGAUGACCCCAAGUUCUACUCGUACGUGGAGUUCCCCAUCGGCUGUGAGCAGGCAGGGGUGGAGUACCGUCUUGUGCAGGACGCCUACCUGAGCCGGCCUGGCCGCGCCCUGGCCCGCCAGCUGGGUCUGGCCGAGGACGAGGAUGUGCUGUUCACCGUGUUCUCCCAGGGCCAGAAGAAUCGUGUGAAGCCGCCCAAGGAGUCAGCCCUGUGCCUGUUCACACUCAGGGCCAUCAAGGAGAAGAUCAAGGAGCGCAUCCAGUCCUGCUACCGCGGGGAGGGCAAGCUCUCCCUGCCGUGGCUGCUCAACAAGGAGCUGGGCUGCAUCAACUCGCCCCUGCAGAUCGACGAUGACUUCUGUGGGCAGGACUUCAACCAGCCUCUGGGGGGCACAGUCACCAUUGAGGGGAUGCCCCUGUUCGUGGACAAAGACGAUGGCCUGACUGCGGUGGCUGCCUACGACUACCGGGGCCGCACUGUGGUGUUCGCCGGCACACGCAGUGGCCGCAUCCGCAAGAUCCUGGUGGACCUUGCGAACCCUGGUGGCCGGCCAGCCCUGGCCUAUGAGAGUGUGGUGGCCCAGGAAGGCAGCCCCAUCCUGCGGGACCUUGUUCUCAGCCCCAACCGCCAGUACCUCUAUGCCAUGACUGAAAAGCAGGUGACAAGGGUGCCCGUGGAGAGCUGUGUGCAGUACACAUCUUGUGAGCUGUGCCUGGGGUCACGGGACCCUCACUGCGGCUGGUGUGUCCUGCACAGCAUUUGCUCACGGCAGGACACUUGUGAGCGGGCAGACGAGCCCCAGCGCUUUGCCUCAGACCUGCUGCAGUGUGUGCGGCUGACGGUGCAGCCGCGUAAUGUGUCUGUCACCAUGUCCCGGGUCCCGCUUGUGCUGCAGGCUUGGAAUGUGCCCGACCUCUCAGCCGGUGUCAACUGCUCAUUUGAGGACUUCAUGGAGUCUGAGGGUGUUCUGGAGGAUGGUCGGAUCCACUGCCGCUCACCCUCUGCUCGCGAGGUGGCGCCCAUCACACAGGGCCAGGGGGACCAGCGCGUGGUAAAGCUCUAUCUGAAGUCCAAGGAGACAGGGAAGAAGUUCGCCUCUGUGGACUUUGUCUUCUACAACUGCAGUGUCCACCAGUCCUGCCUGUCAUGUGUCAACGGCUCCUUCCCCUGCCACUGGUGUAAAUACCGCCACGUCUGCACCCACAAUGCUGCCGACUGCGCCUUCCUGGAGGGCCGUGUCAACGUGUCCGAGGACUGCCCACAGAUCCUGCCCUCCACCCAGAUCUACGUGCCAGUGGGUGUGGUGAAGCCCAUCACCUUGGCCGCGAGGAACCUGCCGCAGCCACAGUCAGGCCAGCGUGGGUACGAGUGCCUGUUCCACAUCCCGGGCAGCCCGGCCCGGGUCACUGCCCUGCGCUUCAACAGCUCCAGUCUGCAGUGCCAGAACUCCUCGUACUCGUAUGAGGGGAAUGACAUCAGUGACUUGCCCGUGAACCUGUCAGUGGUGUGGAACGGCAACUUUGUCAUUGACAACCCCCAGAACAUCCAGGCCCACCUCUACAAGUGCCCAGCCCUGCGUGAGAGCUGUGGCCUCUGCCUCAAGGCCGACCCUCGCUUUGAGUGUGGCUGGUGCGUGGCCGAGCGCCGCUGCUCCCUGCGCCACAACUGCCCAGCUGACGUGCCUGUGUCCUGGAUGCACGCCCGCCAUGGCAGCAGCCGCUGUGCCGACCCUAAGAUCCUCAAGCUGUCCCCCGAGACAGGCCCGAGGCAGGGAGGGACGCGGCUCACCAUAACGGGCGAGAACCUGGGCCUCCGGUUCGAGGAUGUGCGUCUGGGCGUGCGUGUGGGCAAGGUGCCGUGCAGCCCCGUGGAGAGCGAGUACAUCAGUGCCGAGCAGAUCGUGUGUGAGAUUGGGGACGCCAGCACAGUGCGGGCCCACGACGCCCUGGUGGAGGUGUGCGUCCGGGACUGCUCUCCCCCCUACCGGGCCCUGUCACCCAAGCGCUUCACUUUCGUGACUCCAACUUUCUACCGUGUGAGCCCCUCCCGCGGGCCUCUGUCAGGGGGCACCUGGAUUGGCAUCGAGGGGAGCCACCUGAAUGCUGGCAGUGACGUGGCUGUGUCUGUUGGUGGCCGGCCCUGCUCCUUCUCCUGGAGGAACUCCCGGGAAAUCCGGUGCUUGACACCCCCCGGGCAGAGCCCUGGCAGUACUCCCAUUGUCGUCAACAUCAACCGAGCCCAGCUCACCAACCCUGAGGUGAAGUACAACUACACAGAGGACCCCACCAUCCUGAGGAUUGACCCUGAGUGGAGCAUCAACAGUGGUGGGACCCUCCUCACAGUCACAGGCACCAACCUGGCCACGGUUCGUGAACCCCGAAUCCGGGCGAAGUAUGGCGGCGUUGAAAGGGAAAAUAGCUGCAUGGUGUACAACGACACCACCAUGCUGUGCCGUGCGCCCUCCGUGGACAACCCCGUGCGCAGCCCACCAGAGCUGGGGGAGCGGCCUGAGGAGCUGGGCUUUGUCAUGGACAACGUGCGUGCCCUGCUGGUGCUAAACUCCUCCUCCUUCCUGUACUACCCUGACCCCGUGCUGGAGCCACUCAGCCCCACUGGGCUCCUGGAGCUGAAGCCUAGCUCUCCACUCAUUCUGAAGGGCCGGAACCUCCUACCGCCAGCACCUGGCAACUCCCGGCUCAACUAUACGGUGCUCAUCGGCUCUACGCCCUGUACACUCACCGUGUCUGAGACACAGCUGCUGUGCGAAUCACCCAACCUCACAGGGCAGCAUAAGGUCACGGUGCGGGCCGGUGGCUUCGAGUUCUCCCCUGGCAUGCUGCAGAUGUACUCGGACAGCCUGCUGACACUGCCCGCCACUGUGGGCAUUGGUGGUGGCGGGGGCCUCCUGCUGCUGGUCAUCGUGGCUGUGCUCAUUGCAUACAAGCGCAAGUCACGUGAUGCUGACCGCACGCUCAAGCGGCUGCAGCUCCAGAUGGACAACCUGGAGUCCCGAGUGGCGCUCGAGUGCAAGGAAGCCUUCGCAGAGCUGCAGACGGACAUCCAUGAGCUGACCAAUGACCUGGAUGGCGCCGGCAUCCCGUUCCUUGACUACCGGACGUAUGCCAUGCGUGUGCUUUUCCCUGGGAUCGAGGAUCACCCUGUGCUCAAGGAGAUGGAGGUGCAGGCCAAUGUAGAGAAGUCACUGACGCUGUUCGGGCAGCUGCUGACCAAGAAGCACUUCCUGCUGACCUUCAUCCGCACACUGGAGGCGCAGCGCAGCUUCUCCAUGCGUGACCGCGGGAACGUGGCUUCGCUAAUCAUGACAGCGCUGCAGGGCGAGAUGGAGUACGCCACAGGUGUGCUCAAGCAGCUGCUGUCGGACCUCAUUGAGAAAAACCUAGAGAGCAAGAACCACCCCAAGCUGUUGCUACGGAGGACGGAGUCAGUGGCAGAGAAGAUGUUGACCAACUGGUUCACCUUUCUCUUAUACAAGUUCCUCAAGGAGUGCGCUGGGGAGCCGCUGUUCAUGCUGCACUGUGCCAUCAAGCAGCAGAUGGAGAAGGGCCCCAUCGACGCGAUCACGGGCGAGGCGCGCUACUCCCUGAGCGAGGACAAGCUCAUCCGGCAGCAGAUUGACUACAAGACGCUGACCCUGAACUGUGUGAACCCCGAGAACGAGAAUGCACCAGAGGUGCCGGUGAAGGGGCUGAACUGCGACACGGUGACCCAGGUCAAGGAGAAGCUGCUGGACGCUGUAUACAAGGGUGUGCCCUACUCCCAGCGGCCUAAGGCUGGGGACAUGGACCUGGAGUGGCGCCAAGGCCGUAUGGCACGCAUCAUCCUUCAGGACGAGGACGUCACCACCAAGAUCGACAAUGACUGGAAGAGGCUGAACACUCUGGCUCAUUACCAGGUGACAGACGGGUCCUCAGUGGCACUGGUGCCCAAGCAGACUUCCGCCUACAACAUCUCCAACUCUUCCACCUUCACCAAGUCCCUCAGCAGAUACGAGAGCAUGCUGCGCACGGCCAGCAGCCCCGACAGCCUGCGCUCCCGCACACCCAUGAUCACGCCGGACCUGGAGAGCGGCACCAAACUGUGGCACCUGGUGAAGAACCAUGACCAUCUGGACCAGCGCGAGGGCGACCGUGGCAGCAAGAUGGUCUCAGAGAUCUACCUGACUCGGCUGCUAGCCACCAAGGGCACGCUGCAGAAGUUUGUGGAUGACCUGUUUGAGACCAUCUUCAGCACGGCGCACCGGGGCUCCGCUCUGCCCCUGGCCAUCAAGUACAUGUUUGACUUCCUAGAUGAGCAGGCCGACAAGCACCAGAUCCAUGACGCCGAUGUGCGGCACACCUGGAAGAGCAACUGCCUGCCCCUGCGCUUCUGGGUGAACGUGAUCAAGAACCCACAGUUUGUGUUCGACAUCCACAAGAACAGCAUCACGGAUGCCUGCCUGUCGGUGGUGGCCCAGACCUUCAUGGACUCCUGCUCCACGUCUGAGCACAAGCUGGGGAAGGACUCGCCCUCCAAUAAGCUGCUCUAUGCCAAGGACAUCCCCAACUACAAGAGCUGGGUGGAGAGAUAUUACUCGGACAUUGCCAAGAUGCCGGCCAUCAGCGACCAGGACAUGAGUGCGUACCUGGCUGAGCAGUCACGGCUGCAUCUCAGCCAGUUCAACAGCAUGAGCGCCUUGCAUGAGAUCUACUCUUAUAUCACCAAGUACAAGGAUGAGAUCCUAGCGGCCCUGGAGAAGGAUGAGCAGGCGCGGCGGCAGCGGCUGCGGAGCAAGCUGGAGCAGGUGGUGGACACGAUGGCCCUGAGCGGCUAAGCUUGGCUGGAUUACCCAGCAGGAGGUGGCUUGAGAGGGCGGCAGAGCAGGAACCUCAGCAGCCCUCACCCCGUGCAGAGUGCCCGGGGCACUAAGGGGCCUUCAGUGGCCCAGUGCCCUCUUGGCCCCCAUCUUCGUUCCACCAGGCUGGGGGCCUGGUUUUUCCUGGUGUGGAUGUGACGGGACCUGCUGAGCCAUUGCUGCUCCCACAGCUGCUGGGAGAGCACAGGGGCCAGGCCAGCCCUCCCUGGGGGCCGUCACUGCCUGGCAGGAGCUGUCCAGAGGCUUUCAUGGGACAAAGGACAGCCUUGAGGGGCUGAGGGGUACAGCCAGACCCUCCAGAGGGAGAGGCGGCUAGCUUGGGCUGCACCCUCGAAGUCGGGACACGGGCUGGGGAUGUGAGCAGUUCUUGGCUUCCUGUGCUGCCGCCAGCCUGCAGAGUCUUAAGUGUCUAGGGGACUGGCUGGUGGUUGGAGGGAGGGACAGGCCACCCACUGUCUGCAUCCAGCACUCCCAUGCGUUCUGUGCCGCCACCAUCCUCAGAUUCACCGCGUGCUCUGCGCGGCCGAGGCCAGAGCGCCAUGUCCACCUUACCCCAUAGAGGCCUGCUGCCCUCCUAUGGAGGGGAUGCAGGCUGGCGCCGCUCACCACUCCCGAGGGACUUUCAGACAGACUAGACUCCCUCUCUGUCCUCAGGGCUGUGGCUCUGAGAACCCUGGACCAGGGGCUCCAGGCCACAGAGCACACGUUCCCAUUAUUUAUUCCCCUCUACAUCCUCCUGUGAGGGCCGGCCAGGGCAGCUGCCUGUGAGGUGGACCGAGCUCCCCUCUGGGACUCCUGAGGGCAGCCCCGACCACGCCCCCUUCCUUCCCUCCCUCCUGCUGCCCCAGCAGCUUCCAGUGUGGCAUCUCAGCAGUGUCCUGACCCCUCCAGAGCAGUGGGUCAUCUGGGGACCGUUUUGUGUUGAAGGCGAAAAUCCUGUGCUGCUCUCUGCUUGGGCUGCAGGCCAGGCCAGGGCCGCUCCAGCCACAUUUCAGGCCUGGAGCCAUUCAGGCUGGAAGCAGCUGGCAGUGACCAGAGGGCCUAGAGGCUGGCUGUGUCCAUCCUGCCCUCAAUGAGCAAGAGAGAACAAAUUUUUAAAAGAAACCUGUACAUAUAUAUAUGUGUAUAUAUAUAUAUAUAUGGCGCUCGCCUCAGUGUCCAGCCCCAGUGGGGUCCUGUAUAGUUAUUUGAAGGAGAAGAAAUUUUAACGACAAUUUAGAGUAAGAAAAUUAAGGCAGUGGGAAAGCAAUACCAAAUGGUUGCAGAAAAAGUGGCCAGAGUUCCCUGGAGUGGAGCACUUGAGCCCAGGCCCCUUGGCCCGCAGCUUGCUCUGUUUUUGUUUGACGUGAAAAGGAAAGAGCUUCUUGCUGAUCCCCUGAGAGCGUCCAGGGCGCACAGGGCCUGGGAUUAUGCAUGACUGUGCUAGCGUUUAGUCUGAGUUGAUCUUUUUAAAACUGCAAAUGUUGAAUACUA